CUCAAUGAGCCCAUUGAGAGGUUGGCGAAAGCUGAAGCUGUUAGUGCCUUAUCUCAGCUGUCCUCACCGCACAAUGACAACGCUGUCUCAGACAAAGGAACUCUUCCGGAGAGCAGAAGCUGUCUGUUUCGAUGUGGACAGCACGGUCAUCAAAGAAGAGGGCAUUGAUGAACUUGCCAAAUUCUGUGGUGUGGGAGAUGCAGUCACUGAAAUGACUCGCAAAGCCAUGGGCGGCUCUAUGACUUUUAAAACGGCGCUAACUGAGCGUCUCUCCAUUAUCCGCUGUUCCAGAGAACAAGUGAACAAACUGAUAACAGACCAUCCACCUCAGCUGACUCCAGGUAUCAGCGAGCUGGUGGACCGUCUUCACCAGCGCAACAUAAAGGUGUUCCUCAUCUCAGGCGGCUUCCGCUGCAUUGUUGAACAUGUGGCCACUCAGCUAAACAUCCCUCUUCAUCAUGUUUAUGCCAACCGGCUCAAGUUCUUCUUCAAUGGAGAGUAUGCUGGUUUUGAUGAGAGUCAGCCUACAGCUGAGAGUGGUGGAAAAGGAAGGGUCAUCAGCACGCUGAAGGAACAAUAUGGCUUCAAGACUGUGGUGAUGAUUGGAGAUGGAGCCACUGAUCUAGAGGCCUGCCCUCCUGCUAGUGCUUUCAUUGGAUUUGGAGGCAACGUUGUCAGGCCGCAGGUUAAGGACAGGAGUUCGUGGUAUGUCACAAGUUUUGAAGAACUCCUGAAGGAACUGGAGAAGAUCUAAAGAUGCGAAAGAGUACUGUUACUAAUUUUAACAUUUUAUAUUUGCACGUAAUGGUGUGCCUUUGAUGGUUUUUAUCCAGUGCACGUUUUUUUUCCUUAGACGCUGUCAAUAGAUUUUUAUAAUGAAUGAAAAUGUUUACACUAGUGAGACCAAUUUUACCUUCAUGGGGCUGAUGCCCUCUUGAUUUUUAUACUAGAAGAUACUAAAAAAAAAUAAUCAAACACUGUCUUAUAUGGAAGUUAGAAGAUUUUAGUGUUUGUGCACUUUUUGCAUCAAAGAGUUAGGUAAGCUAACACAACUCCUGCAUAUUAUGUCAUGUGCAAUGAGCGAUAGAAAUGUUUUCAAUUCUGUAUGGGUAAUAAGAACUGUAACUGGACAUGUCAUUGAGUGUGAUGACUCGAGUCCUGCAAAAAUCGGCAUUAAACACAAGAUCAUGCUGUCAAAAAAAGGUGUUUGAACUACUUUAAUCUGUGUUGGCGUUCUUGUCCUUCCCUCUAUGCUGUUCUCUAUGAACUGAUGAACAAAAAGACAAAAUAUACAUGCUUCCUUUUUAACCAUAAAAUCUGAUAUUACAAUAUGUAGCAGCGUGACUGCCCUCUGAGUGCCAGAUUCACUCAUUCAAUGAUAGAUAACACAUUUUCACACAGGAUCAUUAUGCCCCAUUAAAACAUGAUUGAUAAAAACCGUUUUUAAAACCAGGCAUGCUGUUUUUAACAGAAGAAAAGUAGAAGCCAAAGUUACAAACACAGCACCAUGAAACAACAUUACCAUGACAGGGAAACCAAAGAACAUCCACAAAAACCAACUAAAAGGAGUGUUUUGUAAAAAUAAAA